AUGCAUAAUGUUAUGUUGGGAGUGUCAGCGCAUCCAUUGGAUUGGGAUAAAGUGGCAAAAUUAGUUGAUGACGAAUCGUGGAACUUUAAAAAUAUGCAAAAAUAUUGGAAUAUAGUUGAAAAUUGUGAAUAUUGUAGUAAGAAAAAGAAAACAAAAUUUAGAGGCUGGGUUAACAUAUCGAUACCUCACACACCCAUCGAAAACGAUGUGAAACUAAUUAGUUUGUUUGAUACAGUUAGUAAACAAUUAGUCUAUAAUCCAGAUGUGAAUCAUGAUAAUACAUAUGAGAGCUGGUUUUUAGCUGGUAAUCUUAUCACUAAGGAAACAGGAACAAGAUCAAGUAUUUAUCAGAGAAUCAAAGAAGUGCAAAAAUUAAGAUCCAACAAUUUACAUGUAUGA